AUGGCUAUGUCUCCCAUGAAUUAUAUCGAUUGGGAUUCUCGACACAUUAGCAGCAUCCACAUUAGCAAAGACAUAUCUGGGUAUCAUACGGGUAGCUUGGCUAUGAAAGCGUUGCCAAGGCCGGGGAUGCCCCACAGGCUUGCGGCGGCUACAGUGCGGACUCGCAACAUUACCAACUUCUUCUCAUCCAGCAAUUCCGUUCCAAACACGGCAUCUCACUCUCUCACCGGGCCCUAUCCCAAAAUGGAAGGUAAACAUGAACGGCGCGAAGCCAUGUCGGGCGUCUUUACCGCGAGAGUUGCAUCUUCAGAUCUUAAAGCAUGUCGCAAUGCCCACGGCUCACCGAUCACGCCCAGUCGCGGCAUAGCAGGCUACGCCAGCGUAUCCAAAGAUUGGCAAGAUUACUUCGAGAGGAGCACAUGUAAAGCCCCAGGAGGCGCGGCUAUGUCCGGCACAUCUGGCUUCGCCUUGAGGAGCCUCAGCCCGAAGAGGAUGGCCCGGCUUUACCGUGGAAUCAAUCACGGAGCCCAUUUGCUACAGCUGCGCUGUAUCUAUGGAAUACUCUGGCGUCAUGGGAAAUAUAACAAUAAUACGCCAAAGGACGACGUCGAUCACUAUUCGAGUAUCUUGAGACCGGGUCUCUUGCGUCGCAUGAUGAGGCCGAACCCUUCAGUCACACGAGCCUACUCUGGAUUGCCCACAUGGGUCAAGGUCAAAGUAUCUCGAUGCAUUCCAGAGCUACCAAGGCCCUUUAGUCGUACGAUGUCAAGCUUAGCCGUGUACGGUUAUCGUUCGUGCAAGUCGUUACCAAGUUUCUUCUGCGGAGGGCAAAUAAACGCAACCAGUGACCGGAUUCUUUGGAUCAAAUCAUCAAGAGUCUUCCUCGCUCAAUGGAAAUUCAUUUUGAGAGGUGGCGGCUUUGCAGCUGACAUGUGCCGGCACGGCCUUCCACCUUCGCUGAAGAAGUUUGCAAUCUUGCACGGAGGGUCCAGCACCCCCUACUUUGCGCGUGUCUUCUAUAGAGGAGUUGAAGUAGAAGAACUAGUAAGCUCCAUGGUGCAAGGUUGUCUUCUUGUGGAACACUUGGCGCUCUGCUUUAUCAUUGAUGCCGAUGAUUUCCUGAAUAACGCACCUAAUUUGCCGAAACCGAAGACGCUCACUCUAAAUGCCGACAUGUUUCUUGGAGAGAGCGGCGACAUCGAUGAAGCCAUUGAGAGGCGAACAAAGAUCAAGACGCUGCUUUUUUCUUUGGCUGCGUUGGCGGCUUGCUGGAUGCCGAAGCUUGAGCUCAUGGAGAUUUGGAAUGGUCGGGACAGGCAGGUCAGUAUUCCGCUGCAAGCUUGGGAGGCUACGGCGAGGAUGCAUGCGAGGGAUGACCUGCGAAAGUCGGUAAUACGGCUACCGGAUGGCCCGUACACGUAUUAUGGUUCUGUUGUGCCGCACUUGGAUUCGAAGGAGCAUUUUCUUCACGAGCACAAUCGACAUUAG